AUGCGCAGAGACUGCCGACGCCUCGCUCCCGCGCCGCACCCGCGCGCCGCACUCGAAACAACAUCUCACUGGACUCAUCUCACGCUAAGUUCAGUAGCAUCGAUGUGGGGCGCGGCGAUGGCGGCUGCGGCUGCGGCCGUGGUGCUGUGGUGUCUGCCGGUGGGCGGGCGGGCGCAGGUGCCGCUGGCGGCGCCCGCGUCCCCGUGCCCCGACGUCUUCCAGUACGCGCGCGGCAGCGACGGCGUGUGGCGCGCGCAGGUGUGGGCGUGGCCGCCGGCGCGCGGCCGCCCGGUGCGCCUGCGCGUCGACCUCUUCCUCGAGGCCGCGCUGCCCAACAAAUAUGCAGGACGAAUCCUUUUACUAGAAGAUAAAGACGUAGUAGCUCGAAAAAUUUUGGCAGGGAGUAGAGAGAGCAUAAAAUAUGCAUUAUUAUUUCCAUUACUCUAUCCUCUACCUCGAGUGGAUCGCAUUUCUGUCAAUGACAAGCCUAUGUGCAUUGGACCAAGGGUAAACAGUCCUGUUCUUACCCAGAUCGCUUUAGAACAUACUCUCUAUCCUACCGCAACUCCUCUCAACUCUGGGACCAGUAUUGGCGCACAAGGAAAUUUUAUUCCUGGCACUCAGCCAGGGGGAGAACUUCAUCGACCACAGCCACCAAGACCCCAGCCAACCCAUCAUCCAAACAUUCAAACCCAUCCCAAUUAUCCAAAUUCUCAUCCAGCAAAACCUAAACCAGUAAUUCCCACUGAAACAAAACCACCAUUUCGAGAAACAACUAACAGUCCUCAUUAUCAUCAAACAAGCUCAAAUAUUUGUGGUCGAUCAAUUGCCGCAAACGAAUUAGUAUUUAAUGGGCAAGGUACUGCGAGAGGAGAAUGGCCCUGGAUAGCGGCAAUGUUUGUCAGUCCAGAUGUUGGAAAUUUAGAAUUUCAAUGCAGUGCAACCUUAAUAAACAAGAAGCACGUUGUUACAGCGGGACAUUGCGUCAAGCCAAAGGAUCAACCAGAAGUAGAACCACACCAAAUUGUAGUGUAUCUUGGAAUAUAUAACUUGCGGCGAGUAGCAGAUAUUCACAGUCGAGCUCAUGAGGUUGAGCACAUCUUUGUACAUCCUGAUUACGCAAAAACAACAAGUUUUGAUGCUGAUGUAGCAGUAUUGCGACUAUUAAUUGCUGCAGUAUACACACCGUUCAUAAGGCCAAUAUGUUUAUGGGCAGGCUCCCAAAAAUUGGAAGCAGUAGUCGGCAUGCAAGGAACCGUAAUUGGAUGGGGACGAGAUGAAAUGGGACACAAGGCAACCAACGAACCUCGUCAAACUCAACUACCAAUUGUAUCUCAAGAGGAAUGUCUACUGAGCCAACCGGAUUUCAUUAGCAUAACUUCAAAGAGAACUUUUUGUGCAGGAUUCAGAAACAAUUCUGGUCCAUGUAAUGGUGAUAGCGGAAGUGGCAUGUUCCUUAGAUUCAGUGAUGGAACAGUACCGCGUUGGUACCUCAGGGGGAUAACAAGUGUUUCCCUUUAUGACAGGCAACAAAAUAGAUGUGACUUGCUCAACUACGUUGUUUUUACUGACAUGGCUAAAUAUGGGCGCUGGAUGCAACAAUUUUUGAAGGAAGAAUACAAGUGAUACAAGUGAUGUAUUAUAAAUUAUUUAAGCCAAGGAAUUGCUGAUAGGUAGCGUCUCACACCCAUUGGCCAGAAUUGGGAAGGAAUUGGACUUUAUUUACCCAACAUUUAUAAAUAAAUAUUAGGAAAGUGAUAGUGAUGCCAAAAAGACAUACAGCAUGCCAAAGAACUCAUUCA